UCCACUUGGUGCAGGACUGACUUUUUUUUGUACUGCUUCACCCCUGUCUGAAGGCACCAUGGGUGUGAACGUCCCCGGACUGAUAGUGAUGCUGCUCUUCUACUUGCUGGUGUUGGGCACUGGCAUCUGGGCCUCCAGGAAGUCCAAGAGGGCAACAGAGAAGAGAAGUGCGAACUGGACAGAUGCCACUCUUCUGGGGAACAGAGGAAUAUCCUUGGCAGUUGGAGUCUUCACCACAACAGCUACUUAUGUUGGAGGAGGCUUCAUUGUUGGAAUCUCAGAGCUGGUGUACACUCCGACCAGGGGACUGGUGUGGGCCGUCAUGCCAGUCACAGCCAUAAUGGCGUUUACUGUGGGUGGAAUUUUCUAUGCGAAGAAAAUGCGUGAAAGAAAAUACGUGACGAUGAUGGACCCCAUCCAGAGGCAGUUUGGAACGGCUGUCAGUGGGGUUUUGUCAGUGGCUCUCUUGGUGUCUGACAUAUUCUGGGUGACCUCCGCCCUCAUUGGUUUAGGCACCACUAUGGCCAUCAUCCUUGACCUGUCCUACAACUUGUGUAUUUGGAUCUCAGCUGCGGUGGCUGUCACCUACACACUCUUCGGAGGACUGUACUCUGUAGCCUACACUGACAUCGUACAGCUGAUCCUCACAUUCGUCAGUUUGUGGCUCUGUGUUCCUUUUGUGUUGACGUCAGAACACUCACUUGACAUCACGGAGACGGCUUUGAACUUGACAUAUCAAACGCCGUGGGUCGGCUCAGUCGACGCAGACCGAGUGUGGACGUGGCUGGAUCAGGUGCUGGUGCUGUCUAUGUCUAUUCUAGGAAGUCAGGAGUUUCACCAGAGGACUUUGUCAGCAUUUUCACCCACCACAGCCAGACUGAGCUGCUUCAUCGCAGCCCCCCUCAUGAUAAUAUUUGCGAUUCCUUCUGUGUUGAUUGGAGCCGCUGCAGCAUCAACAGAUUGGAACCAGACUUCGUACGGCUCUCCAUCCCCGUACGAGAGAGACGAGGCCAGUUAUAUUCUCCCCCUGGUCUUGCAACACCUCACUCCAAGCUAUGUGUCAGUUAUUGGCAUUGGAGCUGUUGGUGCUGCUGUGAUGUCAUCGACAGACUCAGGUCUUUUGUCGGCAGCUUCCAUCUUCUCCUCCAACAUUUACAAGAGCAUCCUGAGGACCAAUGCAUCAGAGAGGGAAAUGCAGUGGGUGGUCCGAAUCACAGUCGUGUUGGUGGGCGUCGUUGGAACGUCCUUAACUUUACUGAACAACAGCAUCAUGGUUUUCUGGAUUGUGGGAGCUGACAUUACAUACGUCUUCACGUUCCCUGCUCUCACUUGCGCCCUGUUCUGUGAGUUCUCCAACGGCUAUGGCGGCAUCAUGGGAGUCUUCAUCGCGCUGCUAUUGAGAGUGCUGAGUGGAGAACCAGAGUUUGGCUUGCCAGCAGUCCUCCAUUAUCCAGGAGGCACAGUCAAGGACGGCAUGUACAUCCAGCGCGCCCCUGUCAGCACCAUCUGUAUGCUGAGCAACCUGCUCGCCACCAUCUUCUUCUCUUACUUGACUUCGCUGCUGUUCAACAGAGGAAUUCUGCCCCAAAGUUGGGACAUUCUUGGUGUGAAACGUCGCCAGACUUCGCAGGAACUAACAUCCACCAACGACUGCAAAACAAACAAUGUGAACAAUGAGGAGAUCCGUGAGACAGAAACUGAUCACAUGAUGCAAACCGAGCACUAACAAUAGUCCUUACUGUUAGUUGAAUAAGAAAGGUAGCAGAUCAAAGGAUGGUCCUGUAAUACCUGAGUGUCGCGCUGGUCCAGUUUGGCAUGCUCUAGAGAACAUGUUUUAGUGAAAGAUCAUGUUUCUGUCUUGUUUUUCCGCCCAUCCUUUGAAUGCUUUGCUGAACUAGAGAAGGUAUUUCUCCCCUCUGUAGCCCUAAACAGAGCCUUCCAGUUUUACUUGUCUGAUGACCGCUUCAGUGAUAAACUGGCCAUCAGCGUGGAUCCUGCCUAUGAAAGAUAAGAACAGAACCGUCACUGUCUGCCUUAAAAUUAAGUUAGGAGUUAUCCAGCUAACCAUAACUCAUUCAGGAUGGCACCGUCUUCAAGACUUCAGCCAUUUUUCUUGGAGUAAAUGUAAAGGAAAAAAGAAGUCAAUACGCCCCGGUUGUCCUUGCAGAUAGGAGCGAGGAAGAACUCUGGACAAAAGGUCUACCACAAACUAAACAGCUAAACAGAAGUACAU